AUAUUAUCAUUCAUGAAUCAUUAGCGUCAACUAAGCUAAUGAAGUUCAGUGAUUAUAUCCCGUUGCUAAACCCUAGCGAGUAGCGACUCAUUCUUUAAACCUUAAUCACCAUUUCUGCACCUCUCCUCAGAUGCAAUCAAAAAUGGUGAUGCUUUCAAAAACAAGAUCUCUUCUCAAAGCCCUAAAUCCUACCACAAUCAAAUCAAUCACUACUUUCUCGUAUCUCAAUCAAGAACCUCAGUUUGCAGAACAAACAUUACAAUCGCCAUCACCAUCACCAUCACCAUCACCAUCACCAUCACCAUCACCAUCACCAUCACCUUUUCCUCCUAGUCCAUCUUCCGGAAGCCCACUAUACAAUGAAAAUUGGCGAACCCCAGUUCAAUUCACAGGAAAUCAAGCCCUAAUUCCUGUGGAACAUUUCAACCCAAUUCGUUCUUCUUGGAUGCAAGCAAAUGCGUCGAAAAUGGAUGCUAAUUCUUUGAUGAAUUCAUUUGCUGAUUGGAUAACUAGGCAACAGUUUGCUGACGUGAAAGCGCAUUUUGAUAUUUGGGUUAAGUCUUUGGAUGCCGAUGGGAAACCUAAUAGGCCAAAUGUGGAUUUGUUUAAUCAAUAUUUAAGGGCUCAUUAUAUGGAUGGUGCUUCUGCUGGGUUGUUGCUUGAUAUUGUUAGUCAGAUGGGGGAUUUUGCUGUCGAACCGAAUACUGCUUCGUUUAAUAUUGUUAUUAAGGCUAUGCAUCGAGAUCAUGAAGCUGAUGCUGCUGAAAAGCUUGUUGAAAGGAUGCUGCAUAGUGGGAAAGAUUCUCAGCCUGAUGAGGAUUCAUAUGAUUUGGUUAUUGGCUUGCUAUUGCAGCACAGUCCAAUUGAUACUGCCUUGAAAUAUAUAGAUCUAGCACUGAAAUCCGGUUAUAUGCUGUCAAAAAUGCUUUUUGUUGAAUGUGUCUAUAGAUGUAUUCGUGAGAAAAGACUGGAGAGUUUGGUGAUGGUUAUAGAGAAAUGCAAGGCGUUGGACCAAAAAAACACCGUGAUGCCGAGCUGGGCUUUGUGUAAUAACCUUGCAGAGGUUGCUAUACAGAAUGACAAUAGUAAGCUGACUUUUCUAGCCUUGGGAUUCAUGGUUAGAUGGAUUCAACAGAGUGAGACUGGAAGGCCGCCUGUUUUUCUGUCUGUAGAUGAAGGAUUAGUUAUUUCUGCUCUUGCUACAGCUGCCCGAACAUUCGACUCUGUUCUUUUGGAUGCUUCAUGGGCCAUCCUUAAGAGAUCCUUACGUGACAAAACUGUUCCUAAGCCUGAAACUUACUUGGCUAAGAUAAAUGCCCUUGUUUCCAUGGGGAGCUUGCCAAAUGCUUUUAGUACUCUCAGUGAACUUGAAAGAAAACAUGAAAGCUCUGUGGUGGCCGACGAGGAUUUGUUGUCACCAUUUACUUCUCUUUAUCCGCUAGUUGUGGCAUGCUCAAAACAUGGUUUUGUAACUUUAGAUUUGGUAUAUUUUCAACUGGAGAAUCUAAGUCGUGCUGACCCUCCAUUCAAAUCUGUUGCUGCCUUGAAUUGUGUCAUUUUGGGAUGUGCAAAUAUUUGGGACCUUGAUAGGGCUUACCAAACAUUUGAGGCAAUCAAUUCAACAUUUGGACUGACCCCGAAUAUACAUUCGUACAAUGCUUUAAUGGCUGCAUUUGGAAAAUCAAAGAAGACGUUUGAAGCGACUAGAGUAUUUGAGCAUCUAUGUAGUCUUGGUGUGAAACCAAACACUAUGUCCUAUAGCUUGCUCGUUGAUGCUCAUCUCAUCAAUCGAGAUCCUAAAUCUGCUAUUUCAGUAUUGAAUGCAAUGGUUGAAGCGGGUUUCACCCCGUCAAAAGAGACAUUAAUGAAGGUCAGAAGACGAUGCAUUCGAGAGAUGGAUAAUGAAAGUAGUGAUUAUGUAGAAUCUCUUGCCAAGCAGAACCAACUGUUUUUGGGUGAUGAUAAUCGCAGGAAUAUGUUGUUUAAUCUGGACUACGGCACUGAGUAUGCCUCGUAGGUUUCUCUUCAACAGUCCAAUAGGAAUUUUGCUCUUUUAAGCACUAGGAAGGAUUUUGUUUGUAAAGUUGCAAUGUGAGUAUUGCAUUUAGGGAUUGGCGAUGAGUUGGACUCGGAAAUGAGUCGAAUUAUAUAUACUCUAUCUUUGCUCCAACUCGAUUUCUCAGACCUCCGGCGGAGUCGGAUGUGAAUUCGAAUUGUUAUUAUUUUUCGUUUUGAUAUGUUCUGUUGGUUUUGAUUUUUGAA